AUGAGAACAUACAUAUUUAUUCUUCCUUUAGCGUUUAGCUACUUUUCUAAUUGGGUAUACUUCGAAUACUCUAAUUUACCAAAUAAGUGGGUAAAUAAUGGAAAUUAUAAGAAAAGAUUGUACAGAAUUUUAAAUAAUUCAUAUAAAAGUAACGAUUCAAUAAAUAAUGACUCAUUAGAUAAAGAGGGAGUAAGAAAAAUUAAUCAAGAAACGAUACUUCCUAUAAAAAAAAAAAAUAGUUUAUUAGAAAAAGUAAUAGAAGAAGAAUUAUAUAUAAAAAAAGAAGAAAAUAAGGAAUUCUUAUCGAAAGAAAAUGAAAAAGUAAAGAUAGAAGAACAAGAAAAGGAAAUAAGGGCAAAAGAUGAAGAGAAAAAAGAACAAGAGAAUGAAAUACAGGAAGAACUAAAAGGUGAAGAACAGGGGAGACAAGAGGAUGAAGAGAAAAAAGAACAAGAGAAUGAAAUACAGGAAGAACUAAAAGGUGAAGAACAGGGGAGACAAGAGGAUGAAGAGAAAAAAGAACAAGAGAGUGAAAUACAGGAAGAACUAAAAGGUGAAGAACAGGGGGAACAAGAGGAUGAAGAAGAAAAAGAAAAUAAAAAAGGAGAAAUUAAAGAUAAAAAAGAAAAAGAAGAUAAAAAAGAAAAAGAAGAAAAUAAAAAAGGAGAAAUAAAUGAUGGAAAAGAAAAAGGAAAUAUAAAAGAAGAGAUUGAAAAAAAAAAAUUAAUUAAGCAAUAUGAAUUAAGAAAAUUGGAAGAGAUAGCUACAUUUAAAAAUGCUGCAAAAAGUUUUAAAAGUCUAUUUAGAGAAGAUGAUAAUUUAUUUGGAAAAAAUUAUGAUUUAAAAAAAAAGGAGGAUCCAAUGAGACAAAAAGAAGAAAUGGAAGAAAUUGAGAAAAAAAAUUAUGAACAUAUUAUUGAAUAUGUAAGAAUAUUACUAUAUGAGAGAAAAAGUAGCAUAAAAUUAAAUGUACAUAUAUAUUUAAAAAGAGUAUUUAACAUAUUAUUAAGUGAAAAAUUAAUGAUUAAUAUGUGUCAUAACAAUGGAAUUGCUUUAAAAAAAUCAGAAGAAUUAAUUAAAGAAUCCAAAUCAAAUUAUUCUAUACCAAAUAUUAGUGAUUCAGAUGAUAAAAAAUGUAAUAACUGUGUUAAGGAUUGUAAAUUUAAAAAAGAAAACCCACCACAAUACUGUAACAUGAAAACAUUAAAAUGCUUUUUAUCCUCUAUAAAAGAUGAGAAAUACUUCAAGGCAGAUGAUUUAUAUGAAUAUUACAGUUCUUUAGAAUUUAUGAUAAAAAAAACAAAAUUUCAUAAUCAAAUGGAUCAAUUAUAUAAAUAUUUCAUUUUUUAUCCAUCAGAAGAUAGCAAAGAAGAUUUUAAAAAAAAAAUAAGCAAUAAAAUAUUUAUAGAAGCACUUAGAUCAAUAUUAUUUAAUAAAUACCAAAAAAAUGAGAAAUAUUUAUAUUCAAGUUUCAUAAUCGUUAUAGAUACUUUAUUUUCUAUAACUAGAAAAGAAAGAAUAGCUGCAGAUAUGCUUAAAUUUAUUGAAUCUUUUUUUUUAAACAUAAUUUUGUUACAUAAGAAAGUCUUAAGUUUUUUAUUGAAAACUCCAUUUCACGUUGGCUCCAAACUAUUUUAUAUUCCUAAUUUAAAUAAAAAAAAUUUUGAAAAUAUAUUAACUAAAAUAUAUUCUUUCUCUAUUUUAGAAAAUAUUUUAAAUAAUGAAUUAAAUAACUCAAAAUCUAAAGAAAUAUUAAAACAUUUAAAAAAUAAAAAUAAAAAUGUAAAAUAUAGUUUUAUUGAAGAGUCUCAAAAUUUGAAUGGAUCUAUAUCAAAUAACACCAAUAAUAUUCAAAAUACUUUUUCAAAUGAAGAUGAAAUUCUAUGUAAAUAUAUCCCAAUAAAAAAAAAAAUAGUAUAUGAAAAGCUAAACAUUACAAAAAAAAUUGCAGAACAAGCCAUCUUAGGUUACCUAAUUCAAUUACUGUUGAAAAAAGCACAUAAUUAUAUAGUAGAAUAA